GAUGCGACUUGGAUACUCUCUCCCUCCUCUAACUUAUAAUCAUCACUAUUGUCAGACCCUCUAUGGUCGCGCCAGCCUUCCAGGUGGCCCCCAAGGAUUGCCAUCUAUUGACUGGUAUUCAUGCCUUUGGGUUGAUCCCCCCGCGCUGAAGAACUGUCGGAAGAAACUACCGGAGCCUGGGCUCAACCUACGGCUCCUCGGAGCAGACGCCGCUGGAGCUGGGCGCCACGGAGGAAAUGAGGUAAGGACCAGGCACAGCUGGGCCUCGAGGGGCGGCGGGGCGUGUCGUCCGCCUUUCCCGCUUCAGGGUCGCACAGCCACGACGACUGCGGAACCGCGACACCCUCGCUCCACGGCAGCCUCCGCGCCUGCGCGGUGGGCUCCUCGCGCUCCCAGGCGGCGUUGUGGAGCGCCGAGUCGUCGAUCGCAAAGUCCCAGAGCCGCCUGCCUCCGCGCAGGCCGAGCGCCGCCGCCGCUCGCGGGGUGGGCUGCAGAGGGCGCCCUCCAGACAGGGCCGGACUGCCCCGCGUCCCCGAGACCAGCCGGCAGCUCGGCUGGCAACUCGGUUGGCAGCUCGGCCGGCAGCUCGGCCGUCGUCGCAGGGCCUUCUCCCCGUUACCUCUCAGCAUCGCCCCCACUCCCUUCACCCCUCAGCUCCGGUAGUCGCCGCUCCAGGGCCGCCGCCGCUUGAAGUACUAGCUGUCCGGCCGCACCGUCGUCACCGGGUCCAGGACCCCGGGCCCUGCCGCCACCGCCAUGAAGCUGCGAGUGCGGCUCCAGAAGCGGACGUGGCCGCUGGAGGUGCCAGAAGAGGAGCCGACGCUGGGGCAGCUGCGUGCGCACCUGAGCCAGACCCUGCUGCCCACCUGCGGGUACAGUUCCGAUACCCGGUUUGCAAUUACAUUGAACAACAGAGAUGCCCUCACUGGAGAUGAAGAGACCUUGGCUUCAUAUGGGAUUGUUUCUGGGGACUUGAUAUGUUUGGUUCUUGAAGAUGCCAUUCCAGCACCUAACUUGCCUUCAUCCACAGAUUCAGAGCAUUCCUCACUGCAGAGUAACGCCCAGCCCUCUUUGGCUGCCCCCUGCAGUCAGUCCAGCACACAGGAUGAAGAGCGGGGUGAUUCGUUCCCAGGAGAGGCAGCCCAGUCUGACGCCUGGAGUGAUGACAGCAUGGCAGGGCCUAGUCAGAACGUUGGAGCUGAGUCCGCUGAAGACGUUGUGGAUAUGGAGGAAGGCGCGGGUUUCUGCCCCUCCGAACCCAUGCUCUGCAGUGAGUCGGUGGAAGGGCGAGUGCCCCACUCACUGGAGACCCUGUAUCAGUCAGCGGGCUGCUCUGGUCCCAGCGAUGCCUUGGUAGUGUCCGUGCAUCUUCUCAUGCUGGAGUCGGGCUACAUGCCUCAGGGGACUGAAGCCAAAGCUUUGUCCAUGCCGGAGAACUGGAAGUCGGGUGGCGUGUACAAGCUGCAGUACACGCACCCGCUCUGCGAGGGCGGCUCCGCUGCUCUCACCUGUGUGCCCAUGGGAAACCUGGUCGUCAUCAACGCUACACUAAAAAUCAACGGUGAGAUCAGAAGUGUGAAAAGAUUGCAGCUGCUGCCAGAAUCUUUUAUUUGCAAAGAGGAAGUAGGGGAAAAUGUAGCCAAGAUAUACAAAGAUCUUCAGAAACUUUCUCGCCUCUUCAAAGACCAGCUGGUGUACCCUCUUCUGGCUUUCACCCGACAAGCACUGAACCUCCCGGAUGUAUUUGGGUUGGUAGUCCUUCCGUUGGAGCUGAAGCUGCGGAUCUUCCGACUCUUGGAUGUUCGUUCUGUCCUGUCUCUGUCUGCAGUCUGUCGUGACCUCUUCAUCGCGUCAAAUGACCAACUCCUGUGGAGGUGUUUGUAUCUGCGGGAUUUUCGAGAUGGUACUGCCAGAGUUCGAGACACAGAUUGGAAAGAAUUGUACAGGAAGAAACACAAACAGAGGAAAGAAGCCCAGAGACGGCGUGCAAUGUUCCUGCUGCCGCCACCUCACCCUGAUCCUUUCUACCCCAGCCCCUUGCCCCACAGGCCUUUCCCUCCCAGCCCCUUGCCCCCCAGGCCCUUCCCUCCUAGUUCUCUCCUCCCUCCGGGAAUUAUCGGUGGGGAAUACGAUGAAAGGCUAAUGCUUCCCUUUGUCGGAGAUCCAAUCAAUUCACUCAUUCCUGGGCCCGGGGAGGCACCCGGCCAGUUCCCUCCACUCAGACCCCGUUUUGACCCCAUUGGCCCACUUCCAGGACCUAACCCCAUCUUGCCGGGGCGCGGCGGCCCCAACGACAGAUUUCCCUUAAGGCCCAGCAGGGGUCGGCCGACGGACAGCCGGCCACCAUUCAUGUGAUGAAUUGGUAACCCCACUUCCGGAGCUUGUUUGGUUUUGUUUCCUUAAAACUGCAGAUGUCAUCUUAUUGGGGUGCAGACUUUUAGUGUUUUCUGUGGUAGUGAGAAAUGUGGUCACAGAAGCCUUUCAACAGGUACAAGGAGGGACCCAAAAACCCCCAGAAUUAUCUUCCGGAGGGCGGGCCCCUUAUAGUGCAUUCUUCCCCCGCAAGGUGCGUGUCCUAGGAACCCGUCUGUAUCCGUGUGCUACCUGGUGUGAGAGGCUGCGUUGGGCCUCGGUAAGUUUUCUUUGAAGACUUCCAUCACGUUUGCCCAUUUCAUGAUGGAUGAUUUAGGAGCACACCUGCCCACACCGCGCUGAGUGUUCAGCAGUUUUUGACCAAAAACAGCAUGACCCCCUGCCCCACCCUCCCUAUUCACCUGAUCUCGCCCCUCGUGACUUUGUUUUUUGUUUCCCGGAGUGAAAAAAGUCCACAAAGGGAAACGUUUUGCCGAUGUGGAAGAGGUGAAACAAAAACAGCAGAAGCACUAAAAGGCAUCAAAAUUGACAAGUUCAAAAAUUGUUUUGAGCCGUGGAAAAAACAUCUCAAUAGGUAUAUUGAUUGGGUGAAAUGGAGAGUACUUUGAAGGUGACUGAAGUUUAAACACAUAAGAAUAAAUUCACAAUUUUUAAUAAAUAUAUUCCAUUUUUUUGGUCCCCCCUUGUAUGUUAAAGCCGCAGUGUACUGUGGCCCAGAGGUUACUUGGCAAUAGUUGGCUACUGACUUCCCUCCCUGAAUUCCCCUCUAGAAUGAAGGCUGUCUACUGAUAAUGUUCUGUACCAGAUUUCCAAAAAAUUGAAGUGUAAAUGACGUGGCAGUCUUGACUUUUAUUAUGGAAAGGUAUGCAGUAAAUAUUCAGAACAGCUGUACAACAUUGGACAUUUCAAGAUGAUCAGAGAACCUUUUCAGUGUCAUCAGAUUAUAGGAGAUUUAAAACCUGUUUUCGUGGCACUCUUUCUUCAAAGGAAAUCGUUUGCAGAGGCCCGAUUUCUAAAACAAAAAGAACUAGUUUGGUCGAGCUGGACUGUGGACACCCACCAGCUCAUCCCACCUCCCUGGCCCUGCAGCUCUCUCCCAGGCUCUGGGCGGCGCGUCUGGGCCCUGGGCAGCACUGCUGGACGCCCAGCGGGCAGCAGGGGCUCUUGUCCUGCGUCUGGCUGCUUCUGGAGGUAUGAUCGUUUCUCCUUGUGUUGUGAACCCUCAGUGCCUAAUUUGUCAUUGUAAAUAGAGGACCUCUUUUAACAGCAACGUGUUAAACUGCCUUGAAUGCUGGGCAGGUACUUGUUCUUCAAAGGUAGCCUCAUAUUUGAAGAGCAUUUAUUUUUUAAGAUUUAAAAUAUACAAAGUUCAAAGUUUAUUUUUCCUACAACAAGAAAAAGGCCAAACGGAACCGUCUCACCAUACAAACAACUACAGAAACAUGCCACAGGGACAAAAUCUGAAUCACAGCACAGGAAUGAAACACUAUUAGUAUCUGCAGAAAAUAUUUUGGAAUAUUGCCAGUGUCUUCCUGCUUUUUUAAAAAAGUCCGUUUUGCAUAUCAGGAAAUGGUUUGGAAUGUUGUAUGCGGCGAGGAUGUUUUGCGUCCUA